AAACCCAAACGCGCAGAAGGAGAGAGAGACGCAGCAGAGGAUGUUGAACUGUAGUGUGACUGUAAAUUUAUAGGGGCUAUAUUUUCCCCCAGCUACGCGCAUGGGGCUUCUGAGAGCCGGAUCUCUUAAGAACAAAAACAACUUUUUGUAAGGAAUGCCUGGAAGUUGAAGAGUGGUUUCUUGGUUGUCCAUGAGCGGAGACGUCUUAGCUGAGGAUUUGAAAUGUGCCGGAGAAGCUCCUAAAGAAGAAGAGAAGACCUGCAGAGUUUUUCUUUUCUUUUUUUUUUUUAGUCUGCACUUUUAUUCUGUUCUGAAAGACUCCAAAAACAAACAAACAAACAAACAAAAAAAGCUGCUGCUUAGAGCAGGAGUCGCGGAUGAACUCAGCGGACAGACUGGGAUAAUAUUGCUCAAAGAACCGAGAGUUUGGAUUCAAGGUUAGGCUGGAUGAGCUGCUCCGGAUGAACAACUUUUAAAUGGAUCCUUUCUGUGUCUGGACACUGAAACUGGCUCUGGUCCUUGUGUAGGACAGUAUUAGGAGCUGUCCAUCACUUCCAGAACCGAGAAGCGGACUUGUGCGCAAUCUUCGCGUAUUUUUUUCAACGCGCAGUUAAAAUAGAGGAUUUGCGCGUCCGCUGUGGAUGUUUUAAUAUGCAAGGAUGGGUCCACUAGCGUUCAUCCUUGUUAGUGGAUUACUGUACUUUCAAGCAGAUGGAUCCCGUCUGCGGAACGAGGACUACCCACCUCGGAUUGUGGAGCAUCCUUCUGAUCUGAUUGUAUCUAAAGGGGAGCCUGCCACAUUCAACUGUAAAGCUGAAGGGCGACCCAUCCCAACAGUUGAGUGGUAUAAAGAUGGAGAGCGAGUGGAAACGGACAAAGAUGAACCACGUUCACACCGCAUGCUGCUUCCGUCUGGCUCGCUUUUCUUCCUGCGCGUCGUUCACGGACGACGGAGCAAACCAGAUGAGGGAGCCUAUGUUUGCGUGGCCCGGAACUACCUGGGGGAAGCCGUCAGCCGUAAUGCAUCUCUUGAAGUAGCAUGUGAGUUACAAUACUAUCACCUCUUCAGUCUUAACUUAUUCUAA